GCAAGCAGUCCUCAUCGGGAGCGUUGAAAGAGGGGAUGAGUAGAAGUUAUCCUUGAACGUUGAGACGCAUGAGCUGAAAGAAAACCUCCAGGGACAUCCUGCUGCAGACGCUGCUGACCUCAGACAGUCAUGAAUGGAACAACCUGGUCAACCAAACGGUGAAAUUAAACUGAAAUGGCUAAUAUCAUCUAAGAUGUAUGGAUCAAUCGCUCAGCAGCAACAUGCACAUACCCGUUGUUGAAACCCGAUGCGCGCAGAUGUCAUUUUAGAAAACAGCUGGAGCUUUUACAAAACCGGUCGUGUGUGUCUGCGGUUCAGUGCCGACUCGUUGCGAGCGACUUGUUAUACUAAUGUAUUGUAUAAUAUGUGAAACAACUUUGCAAGAUUACUACAUUAGAUUAUUAAAAUGGAAAUACAUUUAAAAGUGAAUUAAACUGUUUUGUUUUGCUUUGUUUUUUUGUUUUUUUGUUUUGUUUUGGACUUAAAGCCAUAUCAGAGCUUUUAUUAUUAUCGAGACUGAAGGAUAGUGUAACAAUAUCAAUCAAGUAAUAUUUUUUACCCACACAAUUAUUUUUAAUCCACUGCAUUCUAUUAACAAAAUAAUAAUUAUAUUGUACUUUGUAUUAGGGGAAAAUCAAGAGCUUCUUUUAGAAGAAGAAACUUGGGUUCUCCUCGAGCUCUAUAAUAAACAUACAGCUUGCUGUGCCCUAGGGCAGUUUGCGACACCUAUUCAUUGAUCCGGCUUAUUUUUUGUACGUAGUCUUUGUUCCUUCACUGAUUUGGACCUAGUUUACAUGUAUUUAUGGAUGUAAUUAUCCAAGGGUACCGCCCAAGGUCCCAGAUUAUUUGAUUUCAGUGGGCUGACGGAUACAGGGAGAUGGCACCAUGAUCAGGUCCAGGUUUGUUGUGCUGGUUGCUUUAGUGGCUGCUACCGGAUUGCGCUGCCUUGGCAGCGACGUCUCUUCAUUACUUCUCCCAUUCAACGACUGUCUGCAGAGCAAAGGAAAAGCAGGCUAUUUCCAAGGCUCAAUUGAUGUUACCGAGUCAGGGGCACAGUGCAUUAACUGGAAUAAUAUCACUGGUUUUAAAGAGAGAUACCCAGGAAAAGGUCUGGGCGAUCACAAUUAUUGUAGAAACCCCGACAGCAGGAUUAGGCCAUGGUGCUUUUACAGAAACAAUAGAGACCGAGUAGACUGGGGCUACUGUGACUGCAAACAAGGUUCAGUGCGCCUACAUGGAGGCAGAACCAAGCUGGAAGGCACUGUUGAGGUUUACUUAAAUGGAGUUUGGGGAACAAUCUGCAGUAACAGCUGGGGGGAUGAGGAUGCAGCUGUAGUCUGUCGACAGCUGGGCCACGGGUAUAAAGGCAGGGCUAGGCAGGCGUCAAUCUCCAGGUUCAGUUUGGUCCCCGUACACUGGAAUUCUGUGCACUGUCGAGGGGAUGAGGAGGAUCUGCUGCAGUGCGAGAGGAAAGCAUGGCACGGGGUCUGCUCACGGAGAGAUACUGCAGCUGUCACCUGCACCCCUCAGGAUGCGGCUGUGUUUGUUCCAGUGCGUCUGCUUGGUGGGAGGUCUGAACGUGAAGGGAGAGUGGAGGUCUAUCAUGCCGGACAGUGGGGUACCAUUUGUGAUGACCAGUGGGACGAUCCAGAUGCAGAGGUGGUGUGCAGGCAGUUAGGUUUUGGUGGUGUAGCAAAAGCAUGGAGCCAGGCCUACUUUGGGGAAGGGUAUGGACCCGUGCUCCUGGAUGAAGUGCAGUGUACAGGGAAUGAGCUGUCUAUAGAGCAGUGCAGCAAGAGCCAGUGGGGAGAACACAACUGUGCACACAAAGAGGAUGCAGGGGUCUCGUGCACUCCUCUCACAGAUGGUAGCCUGCGUUUGGUGGGUGGAGUAGGAAGCCACGAAGGACGUCUGGAGGUGUACUAUAAUGGGCAGUGGGGCACUGUCUGUGAUGAUGGCUGGACAGAAUCUAAUAUCCAAGUUGUGUGCAAACAGCUGGGAUUCAGGUAUGUUGAGGGUUCUGUGCAGCCCCAUUUUGCAGUGGGUACAGGGCCAGUCUUCUUGGACGAUGUGAGCUGCUCAGGGAAAGAGUCCUCUCUGGUACAAUGUGGAAGAAGAGAAUGGAGAAAGCACGACUGCACUCACCAGGAGGAUGUAUCGGUUGUUUGCAGUCCUGACCAGGAUGUCAAUGGCAUUCCAUCCAGUCUGCCUAUGCGACUGAUGGAUGGAGAAAACAAGAAGGAAGGACGUGUGGAGAUUUAUAUCAGUGGCCAGUGGGGAACCAUUUGUGAUGACGGAUGGACUGACAGGGAUGCAGAUGUUGUCUGUAGGCAGCUGGGCUACAAGGGUCUGGCCAAAGCUAGAACUAUGGCGUAUUUCGGAGAGGGCAAAGGACCUAUCCACACAGACAACGUCAAAUGCACAGGAAAUGAAAGGUCUUUAGCUGAUUGCAUCAAACAACCAAUUGGUAUGCACAACUGUCGCCAUAGUGAGGAUGCCGGGGUGAUCUGUAACUAUGGCGAUGAGAAAACAACAGAGAGGUACAAAGACCCUCUUUCUUCAGUUUGUGGCCUACGAUUAGUCCACAUGCGCCAGAAGAGGAUUAUUGGAGGGAAGAAUUCCUUACGGGGUGGGUGGCCGUGGCAGGCUGCCAUUCGGUUGAGAACAACGCAUGGGGACGGGAGGCUGGUGUGUGGAGCCACGCUCAUCAACAGCUGCUGGAUCCUCACAGCGGCCCACUGCUUCAAGAGGUAUGGUAAUAACACUAAAAGCUACACUGUAAGAGUUGGAGACUAUCAUACACUAGUGUCAGAGGAAUAUGAAGAAGAAUAUGGGAUCCAGCAGAUUGUCCUUCACAGCAACUACAGGCCUGACCGCAGUGAUUAUGACCUGGCCUUAGUGCAACUGGUGGGGAAGGAUAGAUACUGUGCAAAAUUCAGCAGCCACGUCGUGCCAGCUUGCUUACCUCUUCGGAAAGAGAAAGUGCUCAAGGUUGCGUCAAACUGUUACAUUACUGGAUGGGGAGACACUGGAAGAGCUUAUUCCAAAACCCUGCAGCAGGCGUCAAUCCCUCUUCUUCCCAAGAGGCUUUGCGAGGAGCGGUACAGGAGCCAAUUUACUGGGAGGAUGCUGUGUGCCGGGAAUGUGCAGGAGGGCAUGAGGGUGGAUAGUUGCCAGGGAGACAGCGGUGGCCCAUUGGUGUGCGAGAGACCUGGGGGAAGCUGGGUGGUGUAUGGUGUGACCUCAUGGGGACACGGAUGCAGGGUCCAGGACUCUCUUGGGGUCUACACAAAAGUAUCUGCUUUUGUGCCCUGGAUUAAACGAGUGAUCGAACUGUGAAGGGCUUUGUCACAGGACCUGGAAAUGCAUGAUGAGAAGCCUGAAGCCGGCUCCCAACAGGGACUUUAAAAAUAAUUUAUGUGGCCCAGCUGGGCUCAAGUCUCUUCAUUCUAUUCCUUAAAAUUGUAAAACAGCACUUCCCUGAGGGACCUUACUUGAAUUUGGAAAAGGAAUACAGAUACUUCUCAAUAGACAGUACAUUGACAUACUCAGCAAACAUGUUCUACCUUUGCUAGUUUGCACCAUUAAAAAAGUUGAACAUUUGCACUACAAAGUAACAAUUAUCCUCUACUUGUGUCAAGGUAGGUGGAGCAAGACCACAUGGAAGUAGGCUUGUGUAAAGACUGAUUUAAGGUGCAAAAGAACUGGUAUUGUAGUAACUGUUUUCAAUGUAUAGUUAUUUGAGCUUUUCCAGUAUUAACUGUAAAACUGAUGAUUUGGCACUAAAACUGGUUUAAAGAUAAAGGGUCUAGUAAAGUAGUAUGUAAAACUCCAUUGAGGUGCCUAUUCAGUUAUUUAAGUGGCAGCAGUGUUUAGACAUGCCACCAUUUAGAUCAAUUAGGCAGACAAAACAGUGCACACCUGUGUGAGAUGUAGGCGUUUGUGUUUGCUUUAUUCCCAGACUACCUGUUAUAGUUUGUGUUUGCUUUAUUCCCAGACUACCUGUAAUAGUUUGUGUUUGCUUUAUUCCUAGAAUACGUGUCCAAGAAGAAUGUAUGAGGUGUUGUACAGCAAUACAAAUGCAGACAUUUUUCUUUUCACUUUUUCUUUAAAAAAACAUAAUUUUCCUUAAAUAACCAUGCAAUUACUUAGCCGUUGUGCUUAUUUGAAUCAAUUUAAGGAGAGGGACAAACAAAUAAAUACAUUUCAAAGAAUUCUCAUGGAAAGGUUUAGGUCUAAUUUAAUUACUUAGUUUCUUUUUAGAACUAGUGAAUUUUUAAAACGGGAUCUCAAAAAGGUACUGACCUGUAGUCAAGGAUCACACACAGUUAAGCUUGGAUUUGUAAUGUCCAGGUUCCCAGUCCUUAGCUUGCUCUUCCCAGCAACUCACCCUAAGGGGGAACACUUUAUAUGGUGCUUGCUGUGUCUGUGUGAUAUUUACCUAGCCAUUUUAAACCUUGGUUCAGUUGUGAGUAACCAGACACUUUGGGGUAGGUGUACUAAAGUGUUACGCCUGUCGCAAUAGUCGCAAACUACUUGCAAACAAGUCAGCAGUCUAGGGUGAAGUGUACUAAACAACUGCAAUGCUAGUUGUGACUUUUUAGGGAAUGCUUUGCGGCAGCAGUUUCUGUUUGCAGUUCAUGAAUAUGUAA